UUCCGUACUGACGUAGGUGGACGUGGCCGGGCUUCGCGGGCAGGCGCCUAAAGAAACGUUCCUGCGGUACUUCGGAGUUUUUACUGUGCUUUCGCCAUGAGCCGAAGCUACAACGAUGAAUUGCAAUAUUUGGAUAAACUGGAUAAGAACUGCUGGCGCAUCAAGAAAGGAUUUGUGCCAAACAUGAACGUGGAGGGUGUAUUCUACGUGAAUGAUCCAUUGGAGAAGUUGAUGUUUGAAGAACUAAGAAAUGCAUGCCGAGGUGGAGGUGCUGGUGGCUUUUUACCAGCCAUGAAACAAAUUGGAAAUGUAGCUGCACUGCCUGGUAUUGUUCAUCGAUCUAUUGGACUUCCUGAUGUUCAUUCAGGGUAUGGCUUUGCUAUUGGCAAUAUGGCAGCCUUUGAUAUGAAUGACCCAGAAGCAGUAGUUUCACCAGGAGGUGUAGGGUUUGACAUUAACUGUGGUGUUCGAUUACUGCGGACCAACCUUGAUGAGUGUGAUGUCCAGCCAGUGAAGGAGCAGCUUGCUCAGUCCAUGUUUGACCACAUUCCUGUAGGGGUGGGAUCCAAGGGUGUCAUCCCCAUGAAUGCCAAGGACUUGGAGGAAGCUUUAGAGAUGGGAGUAGACUGGUCCCUACGAGAGGGCUAUGCCUGGGCUGAGGAUAAAGAACAUUGUGAAGAAUAUGGGAGGAUGCUGCAAGCUGAUCCAAAUAAGGUGUCGGCAAGAGCUAAAAAAAGGGGGUUACCUCAGCUGGGGACUUUGGGAGCAGGAAACCACUAUGCUGAGAUACAGGUUGUGGAUGACAUUUAUAAUGAAUAUGCUGCCAGAAAGAUGGGUAUAGACCAUAAGGGACAAGUGUGUGUGAUGAUCCACAGUGGAAGCAGAGGCCUUGGCCACCAAGUAGCUACAGAUGCCCUGGUAGCUAUGGAAAAAGCAAUGAAACGAGAUAAGAUCAUAGUGAAUGACCGCCAGUUGGCAUGUGCCAGGAUAGCUUCCCAGGAGGGCCAAGAUUAUUUGAAAGGGAUGGCAGCAGCUGGAAACUAUGCAUGGGUCAAUCGUUCCUCCAUGACUUUUCUUACUAGACAGGCAUUUGCUAAAGUCUUCAACACCACCCCUGAUGAUCUGGACAUGCAUGUAAUCUAUGAUGUGUCUCACAACAUUGCAAAAGUAGAGCAACACGUGGUAGAUGGAAAAGAACGGACCCUGUUGGUACACAGGAAAGGAUCGACCAGAGCAUUCCCUCCUCACCACCCUCUUAUAGCUGUCGAUUACCAACUGACCGGCCAGCCAGUAUUGAUUGGUGGAACAAUGGGAACUUGCAGUUACGUCCUUACUGGUACUGAACAAGGCAUGACUGAAACCUUUGGAACCACCUGCCAUGGAGCGGGUCGUGCAUUGUCCCGUGCCAAAUCUCGACGUAACUUGGAUUUCCAGGAUGUGUUGGACAAGUUGGCAGAUAUGGGGAUUGCAAUCCGUGUUGCUUCUCCUAAACUAGUCAUGGAAGAAGCGCCUGAAUCUUAUAAGAAUGUGACAGAUGUGGUUAACACCUGCCAUGCAGCUGGCAUCAGCAAGAAAGCAAUUAAACUGAGGCCCAUCGCAGUAAUCAAAGGGUAAAGAAGCCAUUCACAGAAUCUGACAGAACCUCUUCUUACUCAGGCUACUUGGUAAUUAGUUUUCCAUCCAGAUGGCAAUUCUGAUUGACAGACUGCUUGUUAGAAUUCUUGGACAUAAAAAAUAUGAUACAAGAAACGAUAAACCAAGAGAUGUUGCUCUUUUGAUCUGAUGGCAAGUUGUCUGAAGCUGACUGAGUUUCUUUGAGAAAAACUGUGAAACAGUCUUUCAGAAGAUUAUUUGAUCCUAAUAAAUGAUCUGUCUAUAAUGAGAUUCUGACCAGUGCUAAUUUGAUAGCCACCUUUCUCAAGAAGGCACUUUGUGAUGUAACCAAGUCAGCUCUUUUAGGGUUUUUUUUUUCUUUUUUCUGACUUUGGUUGUUUCUCUCUAAUAAAGGCCUAGACUGAGUAAUAUAUACUAUGUCAUGAAUUCAGUUGUUAGCGUGGCAAAUAGAUUUUUGGUUCGCCCAAUAAAUUGUUAUAAAGAUUGAGUAAGCUGUUCAUCUGUAGGAUAUAGCAAAAUUUACAUCUACUACAGAAGUCCAUGUUCCUGUAGUUUCUUCCAGCAUUCCUGCUUCUUUUACUAAAAUGGGAUGCUUUUGAGUAAGCAAGGAUAAGUUUGCAUCCCCAUUAUAUAACUGGGGAUAUACUAGGAGCAGAAGAUUCUGUGUGAAUCUCAUGCCAGUAGUGUCCCUGAUCUGAAACUUCACUUGUAUGUUUUAGUAGAGGAACAAUAGUACUUUCUUGAAAAGAAGCCAGCUUUCCAUUGAAGACAUAGCUAUUAUAGCUUUCAGUAAUGUUUUAAACAGUUCAUGUCUAGUACAGAGAUCAUAGCUAUAUUGAUAACAUCCUCCAAGCAAUUGUUAAAAAUACAAGAACUCAACCUUCUGUUGCAUCUUCUUACUUGCACUGUCUAGAUAGACAACGUAGAGAGAGCAGUUUCUAAGUUUGUGCUUAAAAUGGCAAACUGGAAAACAUAUUAUUGAUUUUGCUGUUUUUGACCUAUCUGAGUAAGCGUAUUAGAAAUUAGAAAUUUAUAAUUAUAAAUUUAAAUGGCUGCAAAUAAGUGACUCUAUGUAGGUACUGCAGAUGUGAUGCAAAUGGAGUCUAUAGCAGGCAUAUUGUAUAAGUAACACAGGAGUUAUUGAGAUAGAUCAUUGUUGACAUCAGCUGGGUCAGCCUAAAUUUUGCCUGAAUGCUACUCAUCCCUGUUCUUUUCAUUGGUUGUUGGUACCUGUAAGCCUUGGGAUUCUGAGAAGUGUGUACCAUGUUCCCAUGUAGUGAAAAUUAUUGUUUCUGUACAAGGCAGCAAAUAUAAUCUGACACUGGCAAAGCCACUUAUUUAUUUACAUUUAUUUACAUUUUAUUGAAAUUCUAGAACUGUUUUUCUGGAAACAGGUCUUGAAACUUUCUAAAUAUUUAAAGCUGUAAGGAAGGUAACUGCAAAAUUUCACAAGUUACCUUUCAUUUAAAGGCAAUAGUCUGCAUUUAUAUGUAAUUUAGGAGUAAAACAGGUGUUCUGAAAUACUGUGGUGAUAUGUUAUUGCUGCUACUCUACAGUAUAAGUAAUUUAAUCUUGAACUUUGCAAAUAAUUUCUAUUUUUAGUUGUCUGGAACUGCAAUCCUGUGUUCAGUUUGUUGGAACUAAGCUGUGUUGACUUCGUAGAACUCAUCAUGAGUUCUUCUGUUUCAAUGUAAAAUGUGUAUGCUGUAUAUCAAAAUACCAUCAGUAGAGGGCAGCUUAAUAAAGGUAAAGAACUGAAAGAAAUGCCAAUGCUAGAAAAAAGUUUGAAAGAAACCCCAGAUAAAGAAUGCAGCCUGGCCUUUAUGUAUUCUUUUGAAAAAGAUUGGUAAACUGAUACAGUACUCGCUGAUGUCAGUAGUUGUUUGGAAUUAACAUAAAAAGCCUAAUAAAUUGAAAUAAAGCUCAAACAUAGGCUAAAACAGCAACAAAUUGGUUUGUAAAAGCUAUAUAAAAUCUACUCUCCAGGCUAAUAGCAUGACUCAUGUGUAUUGAAUCUCUGUACCUCCUUAUGUUGUUUUGGCACUACUGCAAAGAAUAGCAUUGGAUCACAUUCUCAUCAGUAUGAAGACAGAAACAUAUAAAACUUGACAUUCUAAUUACUAACAAAAAAGAACUCUCUCCUACAUUUGUGUAAAUUGCUUCAUAACAUUUUGUUUAUGUGUGCCACCCAGUAUAUUUAAAGACAGAAUAUUGAUUUAGUCAUCCAGCCUGCUUACCUAAUGUUGCAUCAGAAAGGAUGAAUUACAGUACAUGGGCUUUGUUUUUUAGCGGCAAUUGUGCCACUAAAGGAGAACUGAGUAUGAAUAAGGUGAGUAAAGGUAAAUCCACUUGGUUGUACAUGUGUCUUAUACUGAAAAAGACUACAUGUCCUUUCAUCAUAUAUUAAGAGCUCUUACAUACUUCACUCAUAAAAAAAACCUUUUGCUAACUGAAAUAAUGUAUGAUUCUGGUUCCCUCAUCAAAGAAAACAAAAUAUCACUUCUUUUCUUAGCUAGUCAAUGCAGUUCCCAAUAAUGGAUAAAAUACUUAGUCUUAGCUAGUCUUCCAGUCCCCACCUUUUUUGUUUUUGGCCAGUGGGUUCAUUUUGGAAUUUUGAGAGUUUGUUGCAAAUGUUAUGGUUACCCUUGGGGAGGAGUGCUGCCUGUCCACAAAAGCAUGUGGACCAAAAAAAAAAGUCAUGUGGGGCAUGAAAAUGGACAAGAAAGAGGUCCCUGGGUACGCUGUUGAGGAUCCUGGAGUUAAUUUCCCUUUUGCAAUGAACUUAGAUCAUGAGUAAUGGGACAAAAAGAGCAACUGAGAAAUAAGUGAUAGUCUUGCAGGAGUGCUAAACCUAAUACUGUAAUUGUAAAAUUAUUAAACAGUGUGGAACUGGAAAGCAUUGCUAAUCUACCUGUAAACCCUCAAAGCAAAAUCAAUUCUGUACCUUCUUGUCAAUUUAAUGGGUUAACCUAAAUUUCUAUACAAGAAAUUUCAGAAAUUUGAGUUUUGUUAUAUUCUCUGUAUGCCUGUUAGUUCUUUUUUUUUUUUUUUACCAUAAUUGCUGCUUGGUGUUCAAGAACUCCCAUAAUUUGAUAUCUUCUGAGUGUUUCUUAACUGUAGUUCUCAUAAUUUCCAGCCACUUUUUGCCAAAGGGCAUCUGGCUAAGAAUGUUGGAGGCACUGGUCCAUAACAGGCGGGAAGUUCAGAAUCCUAUAGUUUAACUUUCUAUAUCCUAUGACAUAUCCUACCACCGCUGGUGGUUCUGUUGUUCACUUGAGUGGCAGUACACUGUCUUAAACUCCAUCUUGGCAAAGAUAGCUGAGCCAUACCUUUGUUCUUUCUCAUAUAAACACGCAUAACUAGCUCCCUGUUCUCUUCAAAGCAAUACCCUUCCUCAAGCAUGUACCAGCAUGUACGUUAGACUUUAGAUGGGAGCCUUCUGUUGCAGAGAGGGAAAAGAGACCAUUUUGUAGCUGGUACUUUGCUUUGUCUCUUUCCGGUAAAGGAUUAUUACAUGGCAUGAGCCCAAAGUUGCUGACAUUAUUUGAAGAGAUCAAAAAGUUUAUAAAACUCUGAUGAUCAAAAUUUAGCUUCAGUUUCAAUGCAAUGUUAGACAAUAUGAAGACAUAUUGAAGACAAACAUUAAAAGGUGCUGAGAAAUUAAUUUAGAGAAGAAAUUAAGUUAUAGAAGACACUCUUGAAAAGUUUAAAAUAAAGGAGUAUACACAUACACAAAUAUAUAAAUUGGGUGCAAUACAAUGUUAUGUCUAGAACUUGAAAAAAAGCAUACAAAAACACUAUUGCAUUAAAUGACAGUAAAAAUGGUAAUCAUUGUGGAUAAUUAGCAAACCUUGUGAAGAAACAUGCAAGAAUAAAAGAAUAAACAAUCCCGUGAACUAAAACCAAAGCUGUUCACCUUUUCCUACUGAAUCCAUAAAACUGUUCUACAAACUAUAUUCUGUAAUAUGAUCCAAAGGGAUAAAAAAAAAUGA